AUGCCUCCUACCCGAGCGGCUCUUGCGGCUCUGGCUCUGUACUUCAGUGCCGCCCUGGUCACGUCCCCUGUUGGGGCUAGCCCAGUCGCAUUGCAAGCUAGAGCGCCUGCAACUAAUGAACAAUCUCUCGGACUUCUGACUACCGGCGGUUGCUCUCGUAAAAGGGCAGUAAUGGCCAUGGGAGGUGGUGGACCUGGCCAGGGCGAUGAUGAUGACUGCGAAGAUGAUGGCAGUGGUAGCAACGGCGAAUCCGAUGAUGACUGGGGCACUGGCAGCAGCAGCAGCAGCGGCAACGGCGGCGACAACGGUAGCUCCGGAGGCUCUGGAAGCUCCGGCGAUAACGGUAGCAGUGGCUCCGGCAGCGGUGGCUCCAGUGGCUCUGGUGAUAACGAUGGCAGCGGAAACGACGGCUCUAGUGGCAGCAACAACGGAGGCUCCAACGGCAGUGGCAGUGGAGACAACGGUAGCUCUGGAGGCUCUGGAAGCUCCGGUGGUAACGGUGGCAGUGGCUCCGGCAGCGGUGGCUCUGGCGGCUCCGGCGGCUCCAGUAGCCCCAGCGGCUCCAGCGGAAGUGGUUCUAACAGCGGUGGCUCCGGAGGCUCUAGUGGCUCCGGCAGCGGUUCUAGCAAUGGCGGUUCUAGCGGUUCUGGCGGCUCUAGCGGCUCUGGAAGCUCUGGCAACAACGGCUCCGGCGGCUCCAGCGGAAGUGGUUCUAACGGUGGCAGCGGUGACAGCGGUUCUAGCAAUGGCGGCUCUGGCAGCAGCAAUGGCAGUGGAAGUGGUGGUAGCGGCAGCGGCAGCGGUAGUAACGGUAAGAACACCAGUGAUGAUGGAACUAGUGGCAUUGGCACAAGCAGUGCCUCUAGUACCAUAGGAAGCGGCGGUGCUGGUACAAGCUCUAACAUCUCGUCUGCAGUUUCUGGCAGCGGUGUGUCGAGCUGCGCCAGCACCAGCUAUAAUUCAGCUUUUGAGGCGAGCGAUGCUGAACGCAAUGCGAUGGUGGCUAAGAGAGAUUCUUCAGAUGGUUCCUCGGACGAUGGCUCAGACGACGGCGGCCCAAGCGCCGCGGGUGACAGUGAUUCCAGCAGCAGCAGUGGUACGAACGAUGGUAGCAGCAACACUGGCAGCGGCUCGGCCAUCUAUCUCAGCAACGAAGGCAGCAACAACAGCAACACCAGCACAGAGGAAAUCCAGCCAGACGACGACGAUGACGAUAAACAAUCCGCGGUUAGCGGUAUUUUCUCUACCGUCGGAAAUCUGAUUGACGGUAUUCUCCGCCGUUAA